CUCAUCGCACGACUGCCUGCCCAAACUUCGCGAUGCUCUCCCUAGGGAUCGCCGUCGUUUUGACCACUUCGUUCGUCGUCGCCCUUAUCGUGAGCUACCAAUGUGCAAACAAUGCUGAGUUGCGUUACGCGCAGAUUCUCAAUCUGCGGUUGACUUGCACCUUCGCACCCAACCUCGCGAUCUUAGCAUGGUGCGUUCACCAGCGACAUCGUUUCAGCAACGCCACGCUGCAUCUCUGGUCGUGGCGCUAUGGAAUAAUAACGGGUUCUACCUCGGUGAUGUUUAUCUACGCGCUCCCGCUGUACUCAUGCCUACCAAAAGAGACUCUUGUACGGGCCAUUGGUGGCCUGGUGAUGGGCACGAUGUGGACAUUUGGUAAGGUGAUUCUGUACAUCUAUUCAUGGCUAAGAUACAGCAGCUGGGCUACGAAAGGGCAGUCCAUAUUAUGAAAUGGUGCUUACUUGGGGUUGUAUCUUCCUGGUCUAUCGCUAAUGUAUACUAUUACAUGCCCGGCCACUUCGAGCGCAAUCUGUUCGCGAGGUUCAUGGAGAUGACCGGGCACGUCCUUCUCGCGAUCGUGCAUUGUGUCGGGCUGCGCGCCAUGGCGGCAAGCGCAGCGUUCGCGAUACGAUCCACCAGCAGGUCGCAGAAGCAUGCCGGUGCUUAUGUGGCGCUGACGUUUGUGGCUGUAUUCGGGUCGUUUAUCAGCACGAUGGUGUGCGCAGUUUUCUACUUCGAGUCGGACCCAGAGACGUCCCGUCCAGAUUCAGCCGCCGCUGCGUUCGUGGAUACCAUCAUGGACUGUUUUGGCGUCGUCAUGUUUUCUGGGCUGGUUGGACCAGCUCGGCUACAGGCCAUGGCGCAAACAGCCUUCGUCGCCAUCAACGCCUUCAGCGACGACCAGCUGCAGGAUUUCUACCUCCAGUUCCUUGAUUAUUUCGACGAGGCGCAGAUCAAAUGGAUCAAGUGCGGCUACCUGCGUCGACUCUCCGCUGCUGGGUCAAUCAUGGUUCGGUGUCAAGACGUCCCACUGAACGAAGUGAUCAUGGGGAGCGCUGGGUUUCCGGCACUCCGGACCCACACGAAGGGCCGCUUCGUAGUGUCACACCCAUGGUUAUCCAAGCAUCACCCUGAUCCCGAUGGCAGUAAGCUUCGAUGCCUCGUCGACCAGCUCGACGCCAUUGGCGCCGCCGACCAAGACGGCGUCUUCAUGGAUUUUUUGAGCACGCCCCAGCAUAACGGCGCAGAUGCCGAGUUGCAGCUGUUGGAAGAGGAAGGCUCGUGGCCUGCGCCUGGCACGCAUCCGGCCGUGCGUUCAGCGGAAGAAGAUGCAUUAUUCAGUAAAGCCCUUGAUUCCAUGUCGAUGAUGUACUCCACCAGCAGCGUGCCUGUCAUCGUGCUUCCCAUGGAGGGGCUUUGUUUAGAGAAGCCAUACAUCGAUCGAGGGUGGUGCUACUUCGAGUUCUGCCUGGCACUGAGCUUUGGUAUUAUCUGCAACGAGGAAAUUCAUGUCUCAGUGAAGAGGCUCUGCAGAGAGGCUUUUGUCCAGCAGGCGAACACGGUGGGCGGGUUCAGGCAAUGUUUCGGAUGCAAAAUGUUCACCUACAACGGUGACGCGGAUGUCGUCAUGAAGCUCUUUGAGAGGACGGUGAAUAUGAAGACCAGGCGCGACUGCCAGCUGACAGGCCACCCCGACGGCAUUUAGUGAUGCAUGCGAAGACUUCCGCCCAGAGCUCGGCAUGGUCGCUCAGGGUGCUGUCGGCGGCUUGUAGAGGGCAUCGCGACCGCAUUUUGUGUGCCUUGCCCGUGCACGUUGCCUGUCUGGAUGGGGGAAGGAGGAGGAGGAGGAGGGGAGGAGGAGCAGGCCACCUG